UCUUUCCGUGUCCAUGGAUACGCUCAGUCGCGAAGGCGAGACAGGAAAAGACGGACAGACUUACCUACAGGACUUUGGUUGGAGUAUUACUACUUUUUUCUGUGCUGUUCUGAAUUGAAAAUAUGGGCAAGAAAGCAAGGAAGAAAGGUCCCACGUCAACAAAUGAGCAUGAUUUCCUAGCGGAACACGUUUCACCUUCAAGACAGGGAGUGUGUAUUGCAUCACCAAUUCCCUCGAACACUGCAGAUUUUCCUGAUGACGAAAAUUCUCAUAAGAAAAACAGUUUCAACACCAGUAAACGAUCACAGCUGACAAAGAUGCUGUGCCUUACACUGCUACCUAUCCUCAGCCUUAUGGGUUUCACACUUUUCUCGCUCACCGACACCAUCAACAAGAAGAUGGAAAACGAAAAGACACGCAAGGAGCUACAACUGAGUGUGGAGCUAGGAAAUCUGAUUCAUCGUUUACAACAAGAAAGGGAUACCAGUGUCUUGUACCUCAGCGCUCUGGGACCGGAAACGAAAACGUUCUUAUUGCAGGAAUACAUUGGCACCAACAACGCUAUAUACGCCCUGUCGGAAUGGCCGAGAAACCUUGACACCGACAACCGAGAGGAAUUCGAAUCCCGUGACAGACUCCGUGAAUAUCUCGUUAGGCAUAGACAACUCCUGACCAAAGUUAAAUACAAUCUACAGGUAGAGAUCGAUUUCUAUACGAACAUUAUCCGUGUGGUGAUUGCCUGGCUGUAUGAAUCCAUAACGCGUGGGAAGGAUGCUGAGGUCUGGAAAACUCUUGUUGCUUAUCUCAAACUAACUAGUGGAAAACAGGACGUCGGUAUCGAACGAGCUCUUGGAACUCUUUUCUUCGUACAGGGAGGAUUCGAAACAAGAGUCUCGAAACAGAACUAUUUUGAAAUGUACAACACCGUUAUUUAUAGAUUUCGUGCAUUCUACGAAACUGCCGAACUCUAUUCAAACAGAGUUGAUCGCUUGUAUACGUCUGGAGUCAGUGAAGCCGGGAGUGAUUUACUUGCAAUUAUAGAUGGAUUUCGUUUCGAGAUCCAGCAUUAUGAGAGCGAGGUCUUCUAUCCGGAUAUACAGAAAGCCCGAUAUUGGUUUGAUAACAUGACCCUCUAUUUAGACACAUUGCUUAAAAUUCAACAGAAUUUGGGAUUUGAAAUUAUUGGUAGACUUGACGUUGUCAUUGACGAUUCUACACGUGACCUCUCGAUCAGCGUGUCAUGUCUAGUCAUCGUUUUGAUAAUGUGUCCGUUGGUGAUAUUUGUCGCCGACAAUCUAACAAGCAGUAUACAAAGGUACUCGUUAAGACUAGUAUCCACAACAAAACAACUUGGCGAGGAACACACGAAGAUGAACUCUCUUAUCUACCAGAUGGUUCCAGAAGUUGUAGCAAAACGAUUCCAAAAUGACAUGAUCGGACAUGCCGAGAAUAUCAAGUCUUUGACAGUAAUGUUCUUUGACGUACAUAACUUCCACGCUAUAACGUCAUCGUGUUCUCCUGCGGUAGUGGUAGAACUUCUAUCGAAUCUUAACAACGGGAUAGAGACUCUGACGGAGAACAAUGAUGCGUUCCACGCGCAGACAUUCAGGGAUAGCAGUAUGAUUGUGGCAGGUAUGACUGGACGAGAGGAUGAUCGGCACAUGCCAACAAUAGCAGACAUAUCCCUAGCAUUACUCCAGUUGGUACACGAAAAAGAUUUUCUGUUAGCAGAUUUUGGGCCAGUGCAACUUCGAAUUGGAAUCAACACAGGGUCCGUGAUGUCAGGUAUUACGGGCAAAAAAAUACCCCGCUAUAUGAUUUUUGGAGAGAUGGUUAAAAAGGCAUUUUGGAUGAAGAACUCGAGUAGACCCAAUCACAUACAUCUGACAUACUCCUCCUUCAGUGUACUACAGAAGGAAAGAAUAUACUUGAUGCAGAGACGAACUAAAUACGACGAGAUUAACAUGGGCAAGGGAAAGGGGAAAGUGAAAACCUAUUGGCUCUUCGGGAAGCAGGAUACUUGUUCAUUCAGAUGCUACGAUGACGGUAACUCUGACGACCCCGUGCCUAAACAGAUUACACAUGUUGACUAUCCGGGGGAGCUGUCCGAAUGCGAAAAUUAUAAAUUACCUCUCAAAGGAAUAAAACAAGCUGUCGACAAAAAAGCUGUAUAUAUAACUGAAUAAAUGAGCUGGUCGAAUCCAUUGUAAGGACAAUAGAAUCAGGCACUAGAGUACAUAUGAUCACCUGACCUCCUCAACUGUUACCCUAUGAUACAGCCGACCACGUGACCUACUCCGCUGUCAUCCAAGGAUACAGCUUAUCAGGUGAUCUACUUCACUCUCACCCUGGUAAAGAACAAGCAGCUUCCUACCGACUCAGCUAUAAAGUAUUGCUCUUUGACAUUGUAAAGUAUAAUCUAGAAAACUGGUCAGCUCUUAUCAGUGUUUCUGUUACCCAUGGCAGGAUUCUUUCUUCUUUGGAGGAGGAUAAGGCCCUCCUGUAAUAUAUUAGUUGCUACCUACCCCCUCUUUAGCUCGUUCGAUAGUGUUAAACAAGUAAACCAGACGCCUCGGGUUCGAUCUGAUGUAUUCUAAUACGAUUACAGCUGUUACAAUAUGUUUGAAAUAUCAAAACGUAAUGUACCUUUUCCAGAGUGCGGUGUAUGAUGGCAUAGAUGAAAAACGAGAUAUAUAUCAUUUAUGAAAGGUUUAAGUAAAAAUGAACUGCCUACAUUUUAUACAUGUAAAACAUAUGCAGUUCACAUUAAGUCAGUCGUCGCACGUAAUUAGCAAUAAUCAUCCACAUGUAAUGUAAAAAUCUCUUUUUCGAUGGCUCAUAUUUUUUUUGCGGUUUGCCAAAGAUUAAGGAUGGUAUGAACACAGAUAACAAUUUUUUAACCAACUACAGUCAUAUUAUGUGCAGUGAUUGUAUCCUAUCUUCAAAGAUUCCGGAAUAUACAUUC